UCCACACGGCGUCAGCGCUCCCAGACCAAACCCACCAUGUUCAGAUCAUGCACACUCAUCUCCUCCUUGCUGCUCCUGCUCUUUGUCGCUAGCACAGGGGAAGGCAGGCCUCACCAAGCCCCGGAGGGCACUUUUGACGUGGACACUCAGAGGGACCAGCUUGUGGAGGCGGUCAAGAUGGGGAUCCUAAACUCACUUGGUAUGGACAAGGAGCCUGAGCUCACCCAGAAGGCCUCAGAGGAAGAGCUGAGGAGGAUGUAUCAGCUCUACUGGGACAAACUGAGGGAGAUGAGGGGAAAUUCCAGUCGGCCGGUGGGGACGACCGUAUCUACUGUGCUUUUCCCAGAUACAGUGGCGCCAGUAAAAGUACCUCAGGGUGAAGAAGCGCCGCCUGGUCCGCGCAUGCAGCGGUACAGAGCUGUUUUCCAAAAGAACCCAAACAUCCACAUGGAAGUGACGCUCACCCGAGCUGAACUGAAGCUUUCCAGGCGGAUCCUAAUACAACCAACCCAAGUGCAGCCUGAUAGAAAAGCAGAGAUGAAAGUUAAAGUCAAGCGGAUGAAGGUGGUGAACUCAACAACAUGGACACACACGGGUUCUCAUGUUAGCAACUCACUCAUGCAAGAUGUGACGGUGGACAUCAGCUCCAAGGUGGCAAAGUGGAUAAGCGCCGAUGACAAGUCACUGGUUGUGGACGUAAGCACGGCUGAGGGUGAAGGCGACCCAAUACUUUCUCUCGAAUUAGACUUCAUUCAGUCGGAAGCAACACAUGGCGUAAGGCUGCCUCGCUCCAACCGGGAAGAUGACUGCAACGACCAAGGGUGGUGCUGCCUCAAGUCAGUCAACGUGUCAUUCAGAGACAUCGGGUGGACGGAUUGGGUCGUGGCCCCGACGGAGUACACCAUGCACUUGUGCGACGGCGCCUGCCCACACAACUACAAGCCUGCCAGCAUGCACACGCAGGUGAAGUCUCGACUGCACCAGAUCAUGAAAGGCAGGACGCCGCGGCCCUGCUGCGUGCCGGCCUCCUACGAGCCCAUGGUCCUCAUGCACUACGACAGCAAGGGGAAGUUGAAACUGACACCUUUUAAUGACCUAAUAGUCAGUAAAUGUCACUGUGCCUGACACAAUCAACGCUGAUGACUUUUUUUAGGGAAAAGCAUGUUACUGCUAUGUGGAGCUACUGGUGAUGUUUUUUUUUUCUUAAUGGUUUAUUUAUUAAAAGUUUCUAUUUAUUGUGUUAAGUGAUUUCGUAAAAUGUGUUUAAAUUUGUCGUUUCAUGUUGAAGGUACUGUAAUAUGAGCUGCAUUGUCUUACAUUUCAGUCGUGUCAAAUUUGUCUUUGCUGACCUGUUGCACUUGAAUUAACAGUAUCACACU